AUGGAUUUCAUUGAUGGGCUUCCUAUGUCCUGUGGUAAGAAUUCUAUUCUAGUUGUCAUCGACAGAUUGAGUAAAUAUGCACAUUUUCUGCCAUUAUCUCAUCCAUACUUUGCCAAAGUCAUUGCUGAAGUAUUUGUGGCUGGGAUUGUCAAAUAUCAUGGCUUGCCAAGAUCAAUUAUCAGUGACCGGGACCCCAUUUUUAUGAGUCACUUUUGGCGAGAAUUCUUUAAGCUUUCUGGAACACAGCUGAAUAUGAGCUCCUCUUAUCAUCCUCAAACGGAUGGUCAAUCGGAGGUCACUAAUAGAUGUUUGGAGCAAUAUCUACGUUGCUUUGCCAGCCAACAACCACGCAAGUGGAAUCCUCCUAUGGUUCCUCGAUAUGAAUUGGGCUCUUCCUUGGUACAUGAAGUGGAUAAUGCUUUAGCCACUAGAGAUGAAAUCUUACGUCCUUAUCGGCAACAAUCUGUGUCCAAACGUGCUUUUCAGAAGUUAGCCAGCCGUUUUUAUGGCCCAUUCCUGGUGGAAGAAAAAAUUGGGAACUUGGCUUACCGAUUACAGCUGCCUUCGGGUUCCAAGAUUCACCCAGUUUUUCAUGUGUCCCUUUUAAAAAAACAUAUCGGCGAUGCUGUUCCUACUUCUUCUGAUUUUCCUCAACUUACCGAUGAUGGUUACUUUGUUUUCGAGCCUGCUGAAGUUUUGGAUACUAGGUGGGUUCGACUUGGCAACCGUCUCUCAGAAGAAAGUCUGGUUCGUUGGAAGCAUUUGCCGCAGGAAGAUGCGACUUAG